UCAAGGCUAGAGGCCAUUUUUUUUUACAGAGCAGCAUAAUCUUUAGGACCAAAACCCUAAUGGAACAUGGGACGGGCUGGGCUCAACAACCCUAGAGGCGACGUUACAGGCUCCAUCCCGAUCUUGAUCGACGAUUCCUAAUUGGUUGAAGAUCCAUGAAACUAAGUACCCCGAUUGGUGAGACAGGGAGAGAUCGAAGAGACCCACCCAUUAAGAUCUCAUGUUUAGAGAGAGAAAGUACCCGAUUUCAUCCAUAGAUAGAGGAAAUACAGGAUUUCAUCCUUUGAGAGAGGAAUGAGGAUUCUUAGUGAGAGAAAGUGAAAGGACGACUCCACUCAUUAAGAGAAGAAGGCUGAGAGGCGGGAACUUAUCCGUUGAGCAAAGAAAUGCAACGGCUCUUUACUCAACGGCUACAAGACCUUUGAAAAAGAAGACUAAUAAAACCUAUCUUUUAUUCGCCCAUAAAAACGCCACCUCUCUUCACCCCUCUCUUUUUACUCAACCAAUAGAAGUCCCUCUCUCUCUCUCUCUAGGAAAACCCUUUCUAUUUCUUACGCCUCUUGAGAGGCAGAAAUUUCCGGUGACUGGUUUUUCCGGCCAUUUAUUUUGGGUAUUUUCUUUAUUUUCCGAGAAUGUGAGGUGAUUUCCGGAGCUCUUAAUAUAAAAUUUGGGUGCCAGACUGGUUUUUUCCGGCCAUUUUCCAGCGAUUUUUUGUUGGUUCUCUUCUUUAUCCGGCAAGAAUGUGGGGGGACUUCUGGAAAGCUCCGGAAGCCCACCGAGCAUGGAGAUCGGCUCCUUGCACUCCGGAGAAAGAAGUUAUUCAGAAGGCUCAGGAGAGGCAGGAGCCUUACCAUGCUCUUCACAAGGUUCCUGCUGGUGAUUCACCGUAUGUGAAGGCAAAGCAUGUUCAGCUUGUGGACAAAGAUCCCAACAGAGCCAUUGCUCUGUUCUGGUCAGCAAUUAACCAUGGUGAUAGGGUGGAUAGUGCUCUCAAAGACAUGGCCAUUGUGAUGAAACAAGUUAACAGAGCAGAAGAGGCAAUUGAGGCCAUCAAAUCUUUUCGCCAUCUUUGCAGUGAUCAAGCCCAGGAAUCUCUUGACAAUGUUCUCCUUGAUCUCCACAAGAGAUGUGGGCGCCUAGAUGAUCAGAUUGAGUUGCUUAAAUACAAGCUGAAGAUGAUAAAGGAUGGGGUGGCCUUCAGUGGGAAGAAGACCAAGAUAGCCAGGUCUCAGGGAAAGAAGUUUCAUGUUUCUAUAGAGCAAGAGGAGGCCAGGCUCCUCGGCAAUUUAGGUUGGGCAUAUAUGCAACAAGGAAAAUUCGCAGAAGCCGAGUCAGAGUACAGGAAAGCUUUAGCUAUCGAACCAGAUGACAACAAGAAAUGCAACUUGGCUAUUUGCUUGAUGCAAAAGGAAAGAAUUGCAGAGGCCAAGACUCUGCUUACCACUGUAAAACCUACAUCCAUGCACAGCCCAGGUAGUGAAUCUCACUUGAAAUCCUAUGAGCGAGCUUGUGAAAUGAUAGCUGAGAUUGAAUCUCAAUCGUCCAAUCCCAAAUCAAAAGGAGGAAAGGCCAUGAAAGAAGCAGUACACAGUUUAUCGGCUUUCUUAAAUGGAAAUUGGAUUAAUCCAACUUUCCACACGAAUGGGAAUGUUCUCAAACCUCACACUCAAGAUCGUAUGGGCUUGCCAGUCACAGCAACAAGAGAAAGCUUCAAAAUAGGCCCUCAAUGCAUUAAAGGCUUAGAUAAUGAAUACGGGUUCUUGGAUCCAAGCAAAUUGGUGGGAGUGGUUGAGGAAGAAUCAUUUGGUGAUGAGAAUUUGAAUUCAAAUGUAGCAAAGUUCACACUGCCCCGCCCUCCAAGAAGAUUUCCAUUAGGAUUUACUGAAAAGCAAUUGUUUAAGGGUGAACAAGAAUCAUCAAGGGAGAGAAUGGAAGUGAUUAAGUUCAACUCGCCGGUGUGUCGUGGUCCACUCCAAAUUCGCGGUCAAGAUCAUAUUGGCUCAGCAAUCACCACAACAAAAGAAAGCUUUGAAAUGAGCCCUCAAUACAUCAACAAUACACAAAUCUAUCACCAGCGAAGCUUCGACAAUGAAUAUGGGUUCUCCGUUCCAAACAAAUUGGUAAGAGAGAUUGAGGAAGAAGAAAUAUUUGGUGAUGAGAAUUUGAAUUCAAACAUACCAACCUAUACGCCGCCGCACCGCGGAAGAUCCCCACCAGGAUUUCAUCGAAAACAAUUGUUCAAGGGUGAGUUAGAAUCAUUAAGGGAGAGGACUGAAGCAGUUAAGAUCAAUUCGCCAGAACAUUAUGGUCCAACACAAACUGGUGAAAACUUUGGCAAAGUGCCACCUUUAAAUUACAAGUGGGUAAGCAACCCUGCAAACCAUGAGGCAGAAUCUGAAAGGAGAAGGUGGGGGGCUAGAAGAUCUCUCUCUUUUGAGAAUCAAGCAGAGGCAAGUCACUUUAAACUGCCUGAAACUAAGGAGUUUGAGGAUUCUCUAAUGGAACAAGUGGUAAAGGAGAGUAGAAUUGAUGCAAGAAAUACUAUGUAUAAGUCAGAUGAGGUGAUAAGGAAGCCUUAUAAUGGAGAUAUCCAGUGCAUGCAGCAAGCAGUAAAGGAGGCCAUGGUGAUGGAUGGAAGUAUAGAGAGAGGAACAAUAAAGCCUAAAAGUAGGCUGGUCAUUUUUCAGGAAAUGACUUUGCCUGAGAACCCAAGGGUCUGAUCUUUUUCAUGCAACAAGGGGCUUUGCAUGCCAUGCUCUCUUUCUCUUACCCCCCGCCCCCCCCUAUUUAACUAAUUGUUUUCGUUGAAAUCCCCUUCUCUUUUUCUCUCUAUCUACCCCCUAUUUAAUUAAUUUUUUUCUUUGAAAUCCCCUUCUCUUAUUCUCUCUGUCUAUUGUAUAAGUCACUCUACAGAGCAUUAUGUAUUGUACAAGUCACUCUACAUGAGAACUAUCUAUUGUUUUAUUCACUC